GGUGGGGGCCGGCGGGGGAAGCCCCCCGGGAUGGCCCCGGUGUUGCUGUGGCUGUUGGUUUUGGUGGUGGGGGGCCCGGCUGGAGCUCAGCCCCCCCUCCCCGCCUCUUCGGAGCCCUCGUGCCCCGUGUGCGUGUGGCGGAGGCACAGCAAAGAGCUGCGGCUGGAGAGCAUCAAGUCGCAGAUCCUGAGCAAGCUGAGGCUGAAGGAAGCGCCCAACAUCACCCGGGAGGUGGUGAAGCAGCUGCUGCCCAAAGCGCCGCCGCUGCAGCAGAUCCUCGACCUGCACGACUUCCAGGGGGACUCGCUGCAGCACGACGAGUACCUGGAGGAGGACGAGUAUCACGCCACCACCGAGACCGUCAUCAGCAUGGCCCAGGAAACCGACCCCGUGGUGCAGAUCGAGGGCAACCCCCACUGCUGCUUCUUCAACUUCAGCCCCAAGAUCAUGUUCACCAAAGUGGUGAAGGCUCAGCUGUGGGUUUACCUGCGCCCGGUGCAGCACACCUCCACCGUCUACCUGCAGAUCCUCCGCCUUAAGCCCGUGACUGAGGAAGGCAGCCGUCACAUCCGCAUCCGCUCGCUUAAAAUCGACCUCAACUCCCGCAUCGGGCACUGGCAGAGCAUCGACUUCAAGCACGUGUUGCAGAACUGGUUCAAACAACCACAGAACAAUUGGGGCAUCGAGAUCAACGCCUUCGACCCCAACGGCAACGACUUGGCCGUCACUUCGUUGGGACCCGGAGCUGAAGGGCUGCAUCCCUUCAUGGAGCUGCGGGUGCUGGAGAACAACAAACGCUCUCGGAGGAACCUGGGCUUGGACUGCGAUGAACAUUCGACCGAGUCCCGCUGCUGCCGUUACCCAUUGACCGUCGACUUCGAAGCUUUUGGAUGGGACUGGAUUAUAGCGCCUAAAAGAUACAAAGCAAAUUACUGCUCUGGAGAAUGCGAAUUUGUAUUUCUACAGAAAUACCCUCACACUCACCUGGUGCACCAAGCAAAUCCAAGAGGUUCAGCAGGCCCUUGCUGCACACCCACCAAGAUGUCCCCUAUAAAUAUGCUGUAUUUCAAUGGAAAAGAACAAAUAAUAUAUGGAAAGAUACCAGCUAUGGUUGUAGAUCGUUGCGGGUGCUCAUAGAGCCGAAGGACGGAUUCUUCCUCUGCUUUUUGGUUGUUGUUUCGUCUCCUUUUUAUUUUUACCCCUUUAUUAUUUUUUUUGCCUAUUUUAUUUUAUAUAUAUAUAUGAUUUUUUUGUUUUGUUUUGUUCUAAAUAACCUGGAAAAAAAAAAGACGGCAAAGAACCGGCGUGGAAAUAACGAUGGAUGUAAAAAGGAGGAUGGCGAGGAAAAAAAAAAGGAUCGGAAAAAUAACCCACAAAGAAACACAAAAACAAGAAGAAAGAGAGAGAAAAAACCCUGCCCCCCCCCCCCUUCUAACCCCCCCCAACCUUCGACAUGCAUUGUGCAAUAAGCAGACGGACGGAGAAGGGAGCAGCGGCCUCCAGCACCGAACCAACAAGACCCAAUUGACACCAGGCAGCCCAUUGCAACCCAACCCAACCCCACGCAGCCGUGGGGAAGGCAGAGCUGCUGCUUGGGAUGCUGAUAACGCCAACGGUUGUAACCCAUCCCGGUGUAAAGACUGCAGGAUCUUAUCUCGGGAUGCCCCCCCCCCCUCACACACCAAUAUCCCCCUCCUCAGACCCCCACCCUGGGUCCAUCCUAUGGGUGCAGGUGGCAUUGCUGGUCCGGAGGAACCCGUCUCCCUCCUUUAAUUUAUUUAUUUAUUACGGACCCUCCCGGCCGG